AUGGCUGCAGCGGGCGCGAGGGCGCAGAAGCCGGUGGGCUCUGCAGCCUGGAUUUCCACCGAGAAAGAGAACUGCGCGCAGCUGGUAGCCCAAGAGAUGGAGGAAAUCGAGUUUCCUGCUCGUUAUGAGAUGGAAUGGUUGAACGAACACAUGGCAGAAGUCUUCUCAAACAACCAACUCAAUUUCGCGGAUGUUUUCAAGACACCCGGAAAACUACGAGGCAAGACUCCUCGGACAUUGCGAAAGCGUGACCCGACGGAAAACCGUGUGCCUCUGAGUGAGAUAUUCUCCUCCGUACAGAAGAACCGACCCGAUCCCACAUUCUCCACUAGUCCCGUUGCCCAGCGCUCGCCCACGAAAGCUAUAACUGCUCCACCGGCACCUACCCCGCCGGUCGUAACUCAAGGCGCUCCUGCUCCGUCUGCUAGUGCUCAAACAGCUGCCACUCCUGCAAAAGCCACGACUUCUUCAGACAAAGCCAAAAACAGAGCGCCAACCCCGACCGAACCCCAAUACCCCGACUUGACGCAGGACAUCAACUCUUUCUCACAGUACAACACAGAUUCUGGUUACCAUGGAAUGCCAGACGAUGACGAUGAAGUCGUCCUUACACAGGUGGCGCCGGAGUCUCAGUCCACACAGCAGUUGGACCCUGAACCUACUUCAUUCCGUGAGGCGCGUCGUUCGUCCGUUGAUCGCCGCACGACAGAUGCCUCAUUCCACUCGGCUCCUGAGGAAGUACGCCACCGCGGAGGCACCGCGGAACCCAUGAACCUUGACUCGCCGAAGCAAACGCGCAAAGAAUAUGCGCCUGUUCCCGAACCAUCGAAGGAGGCCGAAUCGGAAGCGGACGAGGUUAUGGAGGAUAAGCCUGACAAUCGUGGAGCCGUGACGGCGCCAAAUGCCAGGAAUGUAUCGGGGCAAGAUGCUGAGUCGACACCGGUCAAAACUACCAUACCCCAACCUUCAUCACCCCAAGAGCCCAACGAGCCCGAAAAAGAUGAGAUGGUUCUUGAUGACCUGGACGAUAUUGGUUCACCGUCGGAAAAGGAUUCGCCAGAACGACCCCCGAUUCGCAAGAGUAGCCUCAGUUUUGCGUCUCUUCCUGCCAGAGAGCCUCUUGCGCCUAAAUCAAUUGGCAGCUCUAGGCUAUCUAGAACUAGCCAUCUUGAAUCUAUCAAGUCAAACACAGCCUCAAACUAUCUUGGUCGACAAACCGGACACCGAUUGACUCAAGCGGAUAGGAUGGAUGUUGACGAUCCCAAGGAAACUGCGCAUGUGGAAGCAGAUGAAGACGUAAAGGCGAGCAAACUUCACAACAAGUCAUCUACUCAGAGAUUACAUGAAAAAAUUAGCAUGCUGGGGAAAAUGCAGCCAUCGCGGCCUACCAAGUCAAUUCCUGCUGUUGCUGGUCUGUCGUCAGGACCAGUAUCAUACCCUGAGCUACCCGCGGUGCAACCCGAAACCAAACAUGAAACUUCCAAUAAGAAACAACGCGAGGCUACGCCACCACAGUCCCCAGACGCGGAGGACGACUGGAUGAAACCGAUGAGUUCGCCAUUCCAAGCACAACCUUCGGCCAAGUCAACUGUCAGCAAGCUCAAGACAACCGACCCUGCGACGAGCGACGCUACUGAAGAACAUUCUUCUCCAAUCAAGAGCAGAAUAGCCCAAGAGGCAGCAAAAAUGAACGCUAGACAAACCUCUGAUUUGGCUCGUGGUAAAUCUACCACCCCGAUAUUCUCUUCACCGCAGCGGUUUGGACAUACGAAGAGCGCCUCCGUGAAUAUUGAUGCCAAGAUGACAACAACGCCUAUCGGAUCCCCGCGUCAGGAUGGCCCGCUAAGUGCGUCCAAAUCCAGGCUUCAGUCGAUCGUUAGGUCCGCCAAAGGUCUCUUCACAAGUGCCGCAGGCAUUUCGGCAGCUGCCCGAAUGGAGACUUCCUCGCCUGACGAGCCCAGGACACAGCUGCAACGAGCAGACACGGAUAAGACCAGCCAGCGACCAUUGUCGGUAUUUAGCCCUCCGCGCCAGGAAGGACGCCGAACCCGCAGUUCCACCGAACGAGAGGAGAAGCGCCGGCAACAAGAACUCGAGGAGCGCAAGCAGGAGGAGGAGCUUGCUGAAAAGGCAAGGCAGCAGGAGAAGCUACGGAUGACGCAACAAAAGGCUACACGGGAAAGGGCGCACACAGAAUCUGAAGCCCGAGCCCCGGCUGUGCCCUCGAGCCCAUCCAGAAUGCUGCAGCAAAAAUCAUCACGGGAACCCGAACCGGCGGUAGACGUUGCACCGAAAGCUACGCAGGCGAAUAGGCCAAACGACCGGCGCCCGCCGAAAGCAACACGUGAAUCCCAACAGAAACCAAAACCUCAACCCGUGUCAGUUCGAGUUGGCAGCGCUCUUUCCCGACAGAUGCCUCUGGCUUCGUCUGUUGCCUCCAGUGCCGAGUCGAGCAUUCCCGUGCCACCUCCAUCAGCAUCGAAGGUGCCGUCGCUGAAGAAGAAAGCAAGCAACCAGUCACUUCAUACGGCUUCAUCGAACAGCAGCUUCAAGAGCUCUGUAUCCAGCCAGACGCAGCGUAAAGCACAGCUUGCCAGCGAAAGGAAGCGAGAGCAAGAGGAGCGGGAGGCGCGGCGAAAGGAGGAGCAGCGACGCGAAAUGGAGCGCAAGCGGGCAGCUCAGCAAAGUCGAGCUGAAGCUGAGCGCCGCGAGCGACAGGUUGAGGAUCCCAAGAAGGCGGCUCAGAUGCAAGCAAUUGAGAAGCGGAGACUGGAAAACGCUCGGAGGCUGGAGAGGCAGGGCAGCCAGCAACCUGAAAUGGCUCCGACAUACGCGGAGAAGACAGGAACCCAAACGUCGCACCGCGAGACGGGCGCUCCUCGUCCUGCGUCGCGACUGGGAUCGGUGCUUGGACGAACAAUCAACCCCCCUGCACCUAACCCAGCUAAACCGCCGAAGAGAGGAAUGGAGGAGGAGAAUCAUCGCUCCGCAGCCGCCAAACCUGGAGCGAUGCAGCCGUCUGGGGAAACCAAGCGGAGAAGGACCGAUGAUGAACAAAACCGUGCCUCGAUGCGACCCACAAUGGCGCCGCCGAUUCGACAGUCUAACAUCCGCAAGGAACCCGCUAAGAAGCCUUCCAUGUAUGGAACUGCCCAGCACUCCGCCGCACCCCAAUCCGGCUCCACGAUUUUCAAGACUGGCCAGCCUCAGCGGCCAGGGCACCCCAUGGACAUGGCCAAAUAUGCCAGCGGCAAGAUUCCUUUCGCAGAACCUUCAAACGCUGGUCCGUCACAAUCACACCGUACUCCGGGACCCAGUUCUAGCAAAGCCUCGAAGCCGUCGCCCAAUUACCCAGACGGCGAGAAAAUCCAACUUCCGGAGAUUGCGACUGAUAGUGAAGACGAGGAUUCAGAGGCUGAAAUGCUCCCUGUGCCCAGCUGGGCGCAACCGAAGCAGCUCGAAACGCUCCUUCGGGAUCAGGAGGGCAUGGAGGUUGACUCUAUCUUCGGACCGAUAGCGCCGUUCUCGCUGGAGGAAACAUUCAAGGCGGAUAAGAGAAUCAAGAAGUUCCGCGAGCGGACAAGCAGCGCAAACUGGGCAGGACCGGAUGGACUGACACAAGAGGAAAUCCGGAGGGAUGUUGCUGAGCGGCAGCGUCUGCGUCUGAACGGCGGAUGGACUUUUGGGAUGUAGCAUUUUAUCUGCUUUAUUAUUUGGCGUUGUAUGUGUACACAGAUUGGGGCAUUGGCGUUAUUAUUGCAUACGGAGUAGGCAUAGGCAUCUAAUAUAUUGCUUUAUUGUUCAGUCAUAGC